UACAAAAUAAAUGCAUACGCUCACAAUCCUAUCUCAACGCAAUAUAUCCACUCCAACUCAAUUCGGUCCCACCUCUCGCGGUUCUCGACUUAUUCCAGCGGCGGAAUUGGAUCCGAGAAUUAGAACCGACGAAAGAAGAUAAAUAGGGAAAAAUUAGAAGGAAAAUAGAGAGAGAAGAAAAGGGGGAAGAAGCGAUUGGUUGGGGUUGGAGAGAGGAAAAGCGGGGGAGAAAUUAUGGGGCUGAUCUCGGGGAUGGUGAUGGGGAUGGUGCUAGGGAUCGCGCUGGUGGCCGGGUGGAGCCGCAUGAUGAGGUACCGCAGCACCAAGCGCGUCGCCAAGGCUGUCGAUAUAAAACUUCUAGGAUCCCUUAACAGAGAUGAUUUGAAGAAACUCUGUGGUGACAAUUACCCUGAAUGGAUAUCUUUUCCUGCAUAUGAACAGGUGAAAUGGCUCAACAAGCAAUUGAGUAAACUAUGGCCUUUCAUUGCAGAUGCAGCAACAAUGGUCAUUAGGGAUUCUGUAGAGCCACUACUAGAUGAUUAUCGGCCUGCAGGAAUAUCAUCGCUUAAGUUCACCAAACUUUCUCUGGGAAAUGUUGCACCCAAGAUUGAAGGCAUCCGGGUACAGAGCCUUAAGAAAGGGCAGAUUACUAUGGAUAUUGACUUUCGAUGGGGUGGAGAUCUAAGCAUAAUUCUUGCAGUUGAAGCACUUGUUGCUUCGCUACCCAUUCAGUUGAAAGAUCUUCAGGUUUUCACUGUUGUGCGUGUUAUUUUCCAACUUUCUGAAGAGAUCCCCUGCAUUUCUGCUGUUGUUGUGGCUCUCCUUGCUGAGCCAAAGCCUAGAAUAGAUUAUACAUUGAAGGCUGUGGGUGGAAGUUUAACCGCUAUUCCUGGGCUUUCGGACAUGAUUGAUGAUACCGUGAAUUCAAUUGUCACGGACAUGCUCGAGUGGCCUCAUAGAAUUGUAGUUCCGCUUGGUGGAGUAGAUGUGGACAUAAGCGAACUAGAGCUUAAACCACAGGGAAAGCUUUCAUUGAAUGUUGUGAAAGCAAAUGCUUUGAAAAAUAUGGAAAUGAUUGGUAAAUCUGAUCCUUAUGUGGUUCUAUAUGUACGCCCUAUGUUCAAGGUUAAGACAAAAGUGAUCAACAACAAUCUCAACCCUGUAUGGGAUGAAACAUUUGAGCUGCUUGCUGAGGACAAGGAAACACAAUCUGUAAUUCUCGAGGUUUUUGAUGAAGACAAUGUGUCACAAGACAAGAGAUUGGGUAUAGCCAAGUUACCUUUGACUGAUUUGGAGCCUGGGACCAAUAAGGAAUUUGAACUGAGGUUGCUACCCUCACUAGAUACGCUAAAGAUCAAGGACAAGAAGGACAGAGGGAGUCUUACAAUAAAGGUGAAGUAUCAUCCCUUCACAAAAGAGGAACAGCUACAGGCUCUAGAACAUGAGAAGAGAAUUUUGGAGGAGAAGAGGAAAAUGAAGGAAGCAGGACUGAUCGGGGGCACGAUGGAUGCACUUGGUGGAGCAGCAUCCUUGGUUGGGUCCGGGGUGGGGCUGGUGGGUACGGGCGUUGGAGCUGGUGUUGGGCUGGUGGGUACGGGCGUUGGAGCUGGUGUUGGUCUGGUAGGAAGCGGACUUGGUGCUGUAGGCACUGGCCUGAGCAAAGCUGGAAAGUUCAUGGGUAAAACUGUGACCAACCAGUUCAGCAGUGCUAGGAGAAACGGUAGCAGCACCCCAGGAGGUCAGGGACAGGGAGAACGAAAUGGAAGCUAAACCAGGCGACCGCCGCUUCUUGACUAGUCCAUUGUUUAUCUUCCUCGAUUUGUAUGUUUUGUUUGGUGUAGAAGUAUGUUAAUAGAGCAGUAAGAGUGCUCAAGUGAUUUUUCUUUUUCUUUUCUUUACUGGGGUUACAUUCUGAUGUGAUGUGAACUAUUUGAUGAUGCAAGAGAUUUAUGUCAGUUAGAUCCAUCCUUAAA